AUGCCGGCGCUGUCGCCCACAAUGACUGAGGGAAAUAUCGCGACCUGGCAGGUCAAGGAGGGCGAUAAGUUUGCGGCCGGCGAUGUACUACUGGAGAUCGAGACGGACAAGGCCACAAUGGACGUCGAGGCACAGGAGGACGGCAUCAUGAUGAAGAUCAUGCAGGGAGAUGGGUCCAAGGGCGUGCAGGUUGGCGCCCGGAUUGCUGUAAUUGCAGAGGAAGGAGACGACAUCAGCUCGCUGGAGAUCCCAGCGGAUGAGAGCCCCAAGCCGAAGGAGUCCAAGGAGUCCUCGUCUAAGCCCGAGCCGUCUAAACCGGAGGAGGCACAGGCGGAGUCCUCCAAGCCAGCACCAGAGAUGAAGGAGUCUGGGGCGAAGACAGUGCGCAAGGCUCAGAAGCAGACUUACCCGCUUCUGCCGUCGGUAGCCCACCUGCUGCACGAGAAGGGCAUCGAUGAGUCCAAGAUCAGCGAGAUGACGCCAACUGGACCCAACGGACGACUACUGAAGGGCGAUGUUCUCGCCUAUCUCGGCGCUAUUGCCGAGAAGACACCCGCCGAUAUCGAAGCCAGAUGGGGAAAGCUCUCCCACCUCGACUUGAGCAACAUCAAGGUCGCAGAGAAGAAGCCAGAGGCGGCUAAGCCGGCCGAGAAGGCAGCUGAGAAGGCAGCACCUGUAGUCGAGGAGUUGCUGGUCACUCUGCCUAUCUCGCUGGCUUCAGUCAUUGAGGUCCAAAGGAAGGUCCAGGACACUCUCGGGGUGUUCAUGCCCCUUUCGACAUUCAUUGCUCGCGCCACAGACGUUGCGAACGAUGAGCUACCACUUGCAGCAGGUGCAAAGCCUUCUGCAGAUGAGCUCUUCAACCAGGUUCUCGGUCUUGAUAAGGUCGGACCCAAAGGUUCAAGGGGCUACUACCUCCCCCAAAUCUCAGCUCUACCACCGCCGCCGUCGUUUGGCCGCAGGGCCCUUCCUCAGAAGGCGGAUAUCAUCGAUAUACUUGCGGCUUCUAGUAAGAAAUCUGCACCAGUGUCCAAGACAACACUGGUCCCCAGCGUGUCCACAGCUGGCCCCAAUGUUUUCAGUCUGAAGGUGACAAAGGCGGAGGAAAAGAGGGCACGCGUGUUCUUGGAGAGGGUAAAGCUGGUGCUCGAGAACGAGCCUGGAAGGCUAGUACUAUGA